UUUGAGGAGGCUUCAACUCCCCCAAGCAUGACACCCCACAAAAUGUCGUACAACCUGAUUUCCCGGAGAACUCCUCCGGCGUUCUCCUUUCACGAUCAAGUUCACCCUCCAAAGCCCCAUUACUUCCUCCAAUUCCACCCCCUCGCCACCACACCACCACCACCACCACAAGAUGCCACCUUAGCCAAGCUCAUCAUCAGCUCCGACCCACAAACCCUAACCCAAACCCUUCAAGACCCGACCAUCCAAUGGACCCCAGACCUCGUCAACCGGACCCUCAAGCGCCUCUCCAACCACGGACCCAAAGCUCUCCACUUCUUCAAAACCGUUGACCGCCACCACGCCCUCUCCUCCUCCGACUCCUUCGAUCUUGCCAUCGACAUCGCCGCCCGCAUGCGCGACUACAAGGCCGUCUGGGCCCUCGUGGCCCGAAUGCGCGCACGCCGUAUCGGCCCAUGCCCAAAAACCUUCGCCAUCGUCGCCGAGAGGUUUGUCGCCGCUGGAAAACCCGAUAGAGCCGUCAAGGUGUUCUUAUCUAUGCAUGAACACGGUUGUGCUCAGGACUUGAAUUCGUUCAAUACGAUUCUUGAUGUUCUUUGUAAGUCGAAACGCGUCGAAAUGGCUUAUAAUUUGUUUAAGGCUCUAAAGGGUAGGUUUAAGGCUGAUUGUGUUAGUUAUAACAUUAUUGCAAAUGGGUGGUGUUUGGUUAAGCGCACGCCCAUGGCAUUGGAGGUGUUAAAGGAGAUGGUGGAGAGGGGAUUCGAGCCGAGUUUGACGACCUACAAUACAAUGCUUAAAGGGUAUUUUAGAGCUGGUCAGAUUAAGGAAGCUUGGGAAUUCUUUUUGCAAAUGAAGAGGAGGAAAUGUGGGAUUGAUGUCGUUACUUAUACUACCUUGGUUCAUGGGUUUGGUUGCGAGGGUGAGAUUGAGAGAGCUAGAAGGGUUUUUGAUGAGAUGGUCAAGGAGGGUGUGCUUCCUUCUGUCGCUACGUACAAUGCUCUGAUUCAGGUUUUGUGUAAGAAGGAUAGCGUGGAGAAUGCCAUAAUGGUCUUUGAGGAGAUGUUGAGGAAGGGGUAUGCGCCUAAUUGGACAACUUAUAACGUGAUUAUUAGAGGAUUGUGUCAUGCCGGUGAAAUGGAUAGGGCUUUGAUGUUUUUGGAAAGAAUGAAGAAUGAUGACGAGUGUGAGCCAAAUGUUCAGACGUACACUAUUGUGAUCCGUUACUUUUGUGAUGCUGGAGAGAUCGAAAAGGGGUUGGGUGUUUUCGAAAAGAUGGCUAGUGGGAAUUGCUUGCCCAAUUUGGAUACUUAUAAUAUUUUGAUAAGCGCAAUGUUUGUGAGGAAGAAAUCGGAUGAUUUGUUGGUGGCCGGAAGGUUGUUGGUUGAGAUGGUUGAUAGGGGAUUUCUUCCCCGGAAGUUUACUUUUAAUCGGGUUCUAGAUGGGCUUUUGCUAACGGGGAAUCAAAGUUUUGCAAAAGAGAUUUUGAGAUUGCAGACUAGAUGUGGCCGCCUUCCUCGUCAGUUCAAAUUGUGAAAGAGUUUUGGCAUUUCAAUUGGUUCAUGAAUCUUGUAAAUUUCACUCAAAUCCUUGUCUGAAGGGCUUCCGUUCUUGCUUGAUAUUGUUUCGCUAAUGGCUUUGAUGUGCUGCUCCUUUGCCCCUCAAAACAACUGUGAUUGAAUUAGAAAUCUAUAGUUGGCACCUAAACUGGGGACUUUCAGUGCCUGCUUUUGCAGGCAGUCCAUAGAGUAGGACUUAUGUUAUAUAAUCUGUGGCCAAGGAUGAUUAUAAAUGGGAUAAGGUUCUUGGAAAUUUGAAGACAUGCUUGCAGCCUUUUACUGGUAACAACUACCAUUGUUUGUGGGAGCAAUUGGGAGAGAUGUGACUGGUGAUGAACAUGAAUGAGGUGACUUGAACUUACUAUUCUGCCAUAUUUGUUUCAUUAGGGAAGUAUCCUAACUCAGCUGGGGGAAACUCCUCAUUAAAGCAGGGUGACAUAUUACCGUGGACCUCAUUCCUCACCAGAUUUACUCUUUCUGAUCCCCAAAAAAGGCAGAUACUCCUGUAGGUUGUGGUGAUAUGAUUAGGAUGAUCAUAGAAAUGAGCCGGAACAUGGAUAAUGAAGUGGUUCGAGAUGGUCAAGAGUACGAGAUUAUUGACCGAAGACUCUUCAAUUGAGAUGGGCUCCUGGACAGGAGGUGUUUAUGGUUACUGGAUUUGAUAAGUUUCAAGGUUGGUUUGCUUCAUCCUUCCGGCUGCUAUCUCACGUUCUGGCAAUAUGAUUACUGCCAAUUCACAUGAUAAUAUAUGCUCAACCAUUCGCUUCAGUCCAACUGUUUGUUCUGUUGUAUAUAUUUGAUUGAGGGGAAAUGAAUAUUGAGCAACUACUCAGAAUUCAGUGAUAUGAUAUAGGUUUAGGGUGCAUAGCCAUUGCUGUCUUAUCAAAGGUUCAUGGCCGGUGCCUCUCCUUUCACCUUCCCUUGCAGAAAUUUUCCAUCAAUUGAUGGAGCCAACUAGAGAGUUGGACCUAAUAAAAUUGAAGAUUUUUAUGGGUGUA